ACACACAUACACACACACAGCAGUCUCUCGUUGGGAAACGGGUGACAGAGGGUUGUUGAAACUCAGGCCAACUGCACUUUGCUGUCCCUCGAGAGAGGAGAAGAGAUGAGAAGAGAAGGGAAGGGAGGAGGGAAAAAGAGAGGAGACGAAAAGCAAGACAGGGAAAGAGAGAGGUAGAAGAGAGGACGGAAGAAAAGUGACGCGAAACCGGUGGCAGUAUAGGGGAUAACUCAAGUUAACACUCCAGUGGAUUCUUCCUUCUCUCUUUCUUUCUCUCUCCCUCUCUCUUCUCUCUCUCUUCUCUCUGUCAGUCUGGGUGCACCCUUGCACCCCUCAUUGCUCCAGUCUUGUUUACUUGUGGAUCGUCUGUGUUGUAACUGGCGAUGAGUUGAGGAGGCUGGCCGUGUGACUCCCUGAUGGCCAUUUGUAGUUUGGCAUAGCAUAGAGUAGAGUUGAGGUGGAUGGAGGUUGGUCCUGGUGUUGUCUUGGCUUAACCGUGGUGUAGCUGUGGUCUGGUUUGGCUGGAGGUCUAGUCUUGGUCGCCAGCAGAUUUACACUGUACUGUGGUAGACUGGGCUGAGGGGCAACUGUAGGCUCAGUCUUGUCUGAGGUGACUGAGCUGAUUCAGUGUGAGGUGGUCUUCCCUCAAUCGUCUGCUGAUCACACCUUGUGUGGCAUAAUAGCGCAUGGUGUCUGCGUGUUUUAACAGGCCCAUAGCAUAGUAGUGUAUAGCUUGCAGUGACUGUUUAAGAGUGACUGCUGAGGGCGUGAGGAUGUCUCUGCCGCUGGAGCUGAGCCACUACCAGCGCGGUGGGGAGCGCGGCGGGGAGCGCCCCGACCUCAGCACCCUGGAGAAGCAGCUCAUGUGCCCCAUCUGCCUGGACGUCUUCACCAAGCCUGUGGUCAUCCUGCCCUGCCAGCACAACCUGUGCCGCAAGUGCGCCAAUGAGCUCUACCAGCCGUCUCUGUUCCAGGUGGGCUCGGGUGGACGCUUCCGCUGCCCGUCCUGUCGGCAUGAGGUUAUUCUCGAUCGGCAUGGCGUCUAUGGCCUGCAGCGCAACCUGCUGGUGGAAAACAUCAUCGACGUCUACAAGCAGGAGUCCGCCAGUUCUAGGCCUCCACCAAAAGUUCCAGUGCCGAUCACCUGUGAAGAUCAUGAGGGUGAGAAGUUGAACAUCUACUGCAUCACCUGCAACGUGCCCACCUGUUCCCUUUGCAAGGUGUUCGGAGCCCACAAGUCCUGCCAGGUAGCCCCUCUACCUGAGGUCUACCAACAGCAGAAGACCGAGCUCAAUGAUGGGAUUGACUCUCUCGUGGCCAGAAAUGACCAAGUCCAAGGUGUCAUCAAUGAGCUGGAGGAUACCUGUCAGAGUGUAGAGGACAAUAGCAAGGCCCAGAAGCAAACCCUGUGUGAGAAGUUUGAUCGCCUCUCCACCAUCUUGGAAGAGCGGCGCAAAAUCAUGGUGCAGCGCAUCACAUACGAGCAGGACGAGAAGACCAAUCACACGCGAUCGGUGGCCUGCAACUACAGGGAACAAGUGGACAGCAACAGGAAGCUGUUGGAGACGGCACUGCGCACCAUGGAGGAGCCAGACAUGUCCAUCUUCGUCCAGAGUGCAAAGGGACUCAUUGAACAAGUCAAUGAGGCGGCAGGUGCGUUUGUCAUUGAAACCCUGGAGCCUGGCUAUGAGAACAUGGACCACUACAAGGUAAACUUCAACGUAGAGGAGAGAGCCCUUUACCAGCUUGAUUUCCUCAAAGCGGAAGAGGCGGAGGAGAAUGAGAAGGAGGAAGAGGAGGAGGAGGAGGAGGAGGAGGAGGAAGAGGAGGAGGAGGAGGUUCCAGAAGAGCUGGAGGAGGAGCCAGAGUCGGAAGAGGAAGUGGAAGCGGAAUACGAAGCCGAAGUAGAAGCGGAGUCAGAACCCAUUCCAGAACCUGAGGAAGAAUUAGAACUAGAACUAGAACCAGAACCAGAACCAGAACCAGAAAUGGAACCUGAACGAGAGUAUGAGGCAACCCCUGCACCUGAGGAGACAGACGAGCCAGAGCCAGUGCUGGAGCCGAAGACUAAUAGUUGGGCUGUGAAGGACUUUGUGGAGGAGAAUAGGGAGACAGUGAGGGGACAGGCUGAGGGUUGCGCAGAGCCCAAAAUGGAAGAACUGCUUUGUAAACAUGAAUAUGAAGGGAUAAGCGCACAACAGGAUAAGCAGGUGUGCUGGCACGAGCAGCGUGAUGCAGGUGACUUGGGAGCCCAGGGCGUUCCAGCAGAGGCUAGCCAGGAUGCCAUGCUUUACCCCAGCUGGUACAAACCCAGCAGCUGGCAGCAGGUGUCAAGUCCUGCUUGCAUGGCUCUCGCCAGCGAGCCCAUGCAGCAGGCGCAGCCAGACUUCCCUCCCCCGGUAGUAAGGGACCCUUUACCCUCCCUCCACCCCCAGCAGCCACAGCCACAGUCACAGCCCCAGUUCCAACAGUCCUUCCCACUUCCUGCGUGGAUGGGAAGUGGUUUUAUGCCCAUGGCCCCAGAGAUCCCUGCCAGUCAGUUCGCCAGGGUAGCUUCCGAGACUCCUCCCCAGGGCAAUCUGUCUCCCCGACAUCAGGCAGGCGAUGGCCGUCCAGAUGGGAAAGAGCACCCUGCCAACCAGGGGCUUGGUACGGUUGCCAUCUCUCCACAGGUCAGUUCCGUUGUCGUCCAGGUUCUUCGUUAUAGGUCAUCGUAUUCCGGCGUGACUGGUCGAUGGAUCACCUGAUCGUUUGAUCACCUGAUCACCUGUUGUCAGUCACCUGUCCCAUCACCACCUGUCCAUCGCCGAUCACCAUCAUCACCAUAGCUAGUGCUGCCACCGCUGCUGCUGGUGUCAUCAUCAAGUCACCUGCAUAUCAUGGCUGUGCACGUCUCUCCUGGCCUGGCCUCCCUCACCUGCUCAGCACUCUUCACAACUCAUCGUCUUGUGUUUUUCACCUAGUGGAGGGAAGGGCCUUGUGUUUCAGUGCCUAUCCCUGAGAAAACAGACCAGUGCCAAAUUACUAUAUUUCGCAAUGAUGAAAGGUCUCGCUGACCUGAUCAUCUGUUUUCAUAAUAAGUGGUUUGUCCGUAACUGUAGAAUGUUGCGCUAUUCCGUUCUUUUAAGUGAUACCAUUUGUAAUGGGUGCCCUUGCAUAACCACUUCAAGGUUUGCAGCCCUUUAGCCUUUAUAAUGGCAAGACUUUAAAGUAUGUAGAUAGCAAAAAAAGGAUUGGUUGUGUAUGACUCUUGAAUGCUUGAAACAAAGUAUAAAUGCUGACACAAGGUAUAAAUGACAUCUUAGCCUUCUACUAAUGGUCGUUCCCUCUUGUGUUGGGUAAUGACUGUGUUGCUGUGUGCUGACUGACUUCACUUCACUUCACUUCACUGUGAGUAUUUCUGCCACCUCAUUGCCAUGUGCUUCCAUCACCUCCAUCUCUCUCCGUAGGCCAUCACCUUCCUCUUUUACUUCCUGGCUCUGAUGGUCAUUCUACCGCGGGUCUGGGCCCCCAUUCAAUACAUCUUUUGCACAUAGCAGAGAA